GAUUGUUAUAUUUAGGAAACCAGCCCAGCUUUAUAAACUGAAGGCCUAGGAUUUUCCCAAACAUUGUAGAGUUUGGAGAGAAAACCACCCGGCAGAAAAAGCCUGAUCGGUCUCCUGACAGUUUCUAAUCAGGACCGAAGCGAGAAAGGAGCCCAGAUCUGUGUUUUGUAUGCCACGAUUAAAGAAAGCCAAAGAAGAGACCCAGAUGGCUGUCCUACGGAAGAAGCUGGUGGUAGUCGGGGACGGCGCCUGCGGGAAAACUUGUCUACUGAUAGUUUUCAGCAAAGACGAGUUCCCUGAAGUCUACGUCCCCACAGUGUUUGAGACCUACGUGGCCGACAUAGAAGUAGACAACCAGCAAGUGCAGCUGGCGCUGUGGGACACAGCUGGACAGGAGGACUAUGACCGACUGCGCCCUCUCUCCUACCCGGACACUGAUGUCAUCCUCAUCUGCUUCUCCGUGGACAGCCCGGACUCUCUAGAGAACAUAUCCGAAAAGUGGGUCCCCGAGGUCAGGCACUUUUGUCCGAACGUGCCGAUCAUCUUGGUUGCCAAUAAGAAAGAUCUGCGCAACGACGAGAACACCAAGAACGAGCUGUCUCGGAUGAAGCUAGAGCCGGUGAAGGCGGAGGAAGGCCGGGCUAUGGCCGCGCGCAUCGGCGCAUACGACUACUUGGAGUGCUCCGCCAGAACCAAAGAAGGCAUCUGGGAGGUCUUCGAAACGGCGACACGGGCAACCCUCCAGAAACGCUCCACCACGGGGGAUAUUUUCAAAUGCUGUGUGAUGCUGUGAUUGAACUGUGGGUUUCAGGGCCUUAGAAGAUACAAGACGGUUCCUGCGUGGGGUCUGUGUUUGGACAUGUUGAAGCAAAACCAGUGGCCACCUCUUUGUUCGGACACUUGCAUGUGGGUGUGCGUAAAGUACCGGUUAAAGCUUCUCCUCUUGAUCACAUGAUGCCCAUUGCCUGAAAAACAAAGGAUAAACAAUGUUAGAAAUUGCUCCAUUUUAUUUGGAGAAAUGUCUCCUCCAGUCAUUUGAAUGAGGCCUUACUUGAGGCAUGCUUUUAAACUGACAAUUUUUUUUGUGCAUCAAAGUAUUUUUUUAAAAGGUAGCUUUUUAACUAAACUUUUACACUUUGUAAAAAGAACCAAAGCUGAAAAUGUUGCACUCUAAUUUAAGUCUAAAUUGUGUUCAACCACAAACCUGUCCCAAGAUUGUAAUAUUGUAAAUCAUCUUGAUCAUACAUUAAGCAUUCUUAUGAUGUUAUGUUUAGUGUUUUUAAUUUAACUAUAAUUUUGUUUGAGGUAACAGGUAUAUAUUAUAAUUUGAACACUACCUUUGUUUUGGUUGAAAACUGGUGGUUUUCUUAUUGGGUGGUUGCCCAGGGUGGCAGUAGAAAGUGGGGAUACACAAGCAAAUUAUUAUUAUUUUUUUCUUCAUCUUUGGUUGAUUGCGUGUAGGUUGCUUAGGUAGACUUUAACGAGAUUUGUGAAGGAUUGCACUGCAUCUUAUCUGCUCCAAGAGUUAGACAAUUUCCUGCAUUUUGAAGUGACCAAGGAGUCAACCUUUACACGUCCCCCUAGUUUUAUAAUUAUUUCUUAUGAUGUUCAGUAUUAAGGGAAAUACUAUUUUAUUAUUAUUUCAUUAUGGAUGGUCAUAUUGACCAGUUUUUGUUUGGCGUGGUUAUGUUGAAAUUCUCACAGUGGGAACACCGAUUAAACAAACAUGUUUACACACAAUCAAAUGGUUUUCCUUUUAAAUUUAAAUUUGCUCAAAUAGAUUUUUUUUUCCUGGCACUAUAAAGCCAGAGGAAGCCCAACUUACUUUGGCACUUUUUCUGAAAUCCUAUUAAAGAGUUCAGAUGACAUGAAUGGUAUAAAAAAAAAAAAACAACUUUGUUUUUUGUUUUCCCAUAACUUUUUAAUAUGUUGAUUUUUAGGAUUGCUUUGUAUGCAACAGUGUUACCUCACAACUUAAUAAAAAAUCUUUUUGAGCAUAUGUAGUAAAAGGAGCCAGCAUGUUCAAACCUUACAGGUCAUCCUGCCCCUCCAUUGAUUUGGCUAUUUCGUCCCUUUCUACUUCCGUUUGGUACUUGUCUAAUGAAACCAAUGCUUAUUACUAUAUUACUCUUUGCUGUCAAGCACUCUUUUCUUUUAUUGAACAAAAUUUUCUUAAAUGUACAUCAUUUUAUAAUGAAAUAUUUUUGAAGGACUUCAUAUCCCCCAUAUUUCCACCUAUUGCUCUUUGACUUUCCAGUUCCACUUACCUGAAAUAUGACAGAUUCUGACAGAUCAAAAUACCACAGAGUGACAUUUUUAGAGUAAAGCUACUUGAAUUUCAAAUAACUACAUUUCAUUAUGGUUAACUAUAAUGGACUGUUAAAAAAAUAAUAGAGCUUGACAAUAUGUUGAAUUCAAUUGGAAACAUAAAACACUAAAAUCUCUAAGAUGCUGUAUUUGGAAGAUGGUAGUUAAGACAGUUUCAAGCAUUUACUAUGUUUGCUAAAGAUAAGAAUAGCUCAUUGUUGGCUCUUAUGCUCACAACUCUUGGUACCUUGGAUACUGAAUGUUAGGAAACUGGAUCUGAUGCGGGGAGGGGCAAGAAAGAAGAAGAAACGGAAGGUUUCCUAAUAUAGUGAAUUGCAAAUUUAAAUAGUUUACAUCAUAAAAAGUACUACAGAUCCCCCAGGGAGGUUUGAGUUGCCUCAGUGUUUUAGUGCAACAUAUUACAGCAAACAGCUCUAAGCUGUUCCUGGAAAAAAAGAAAAAGGGCCAAAAUCACCAGCACCCACCCAUUUUGCAGUUUUUUAAAGCGCUAAUCAUAUUGUCAUGUUUACAGUAAAAUCUUCCGAGUUUUAGUCAUAUUGACUAGUUGGUGUAUAUAUUAUUCUGUAACCUUACGUCACAAACAAAAUAAUUAAAAGCAGUAUUUUGUAUUAAAACAAACUUUACACAUUAGGAGUUCGUGUUUUUCCUAGACAGGUAAGUAUAACAUUAAUUAUAAAACCAUUCUGUACACAGUUUUCAAGUUAAAUGUGAAUUAAUGAACCCGCUGUAACAUGUAAACUCCAUCAGCAAAUUUUUGUCACUAAAUAUUUUUUCGUUUCGACCAAGAAUGUACUUUUGAAUUUACUUGAUGAAAAACAAUUGGGAUAUAACUUAAUGUAUUUAAGUGAGCCUUUACAGAUUGUGCAACAAGCAAAGUUCAUCUGUUGCUUCAUGUAUUGUGUAACUGUCCCCUUGUAUGGUUUUGGGAGUGCUUGUACAAAUAAAAGCAAUGCAUACAUUACUGA